AUGUCGGAAGAACUCACCUUUGCCGAUGUGUCUGCGCACAACUCCAAGAAAGACCUUUACCUUGUGAUUCACGACAAAGUCUACAACGCUUCGUCGUUCGUUGACGAGCACCCCGGCGGCGAAGAAGUUCUCCUCGACGUUGGUGGCCAAGAUGCUUCUGAGGCGUUUGAGGAUGUCGGUCACAGCGACGAAGCCCGCGAGAUCCUCGACGGCAUGCUGGUCGGCAACCUGAAGCGCGUUGCUGGAGACCCGCCUUCUAAGAACACCGGCGGCACCGACAAGAUUUCUGCUGGCCCAGGCAAGAGCUCUGGCGGUGAGACCGGCUUCGGCGUUGCGUUGUACGCUGUGCUGCUGGUGGGAGGUCUGCUCGCUUUUGGUGCGUACCAGUAUCUGCAGACACAGGACAAGAAAUAG